AUGCCGGAGGUGAAAGGGAUUGUUUCAAAUACGCUAACAUUUGCUUCUCUUGCUACUGCUUUGUACACCGCUUAUAAGCUAUACCGAACGUAUGGUGACCCGGUGUUAAGAGAACUACCUUCUGUGAAGGACGGUAUUGAAGAGCUUAUUGGCAAAACCCAGAUAGUUAAACUCAGGUCGUUGAGUGCGGAGACUGGGUGUGACAUCUUUGCAAAGUUGGAGUUGACCAACCCUGCUGGGAGUGCGAAGGACCGAGUUGCGCUCAAUAUUAUUAAGACUGCGGAAAAGAAAGGUUUGCUGGUAAGAGGGGAGAAGCCAGAAGGGUGGGUCUUCGAGGGGACGAGUGGAUCGACUGGUAUUAGCAUUGCCAUGAUCUGUAAUGCAUUGGGGUAUAGGGCACAUAUUUCCCUACCAGACGACACCUCGCUGGAAAAACUGGCACUAUUAGAGUCUCUUGGGGCAGUAGUAAACCCGGUCAAGCCUGCUUCCAUUGUGGACCCUGACCAAUACGUCAAUGCAGCAAAGAAGGCAUGCGAUGAGCUCAACGAAUCUGGUGCGGCAAAAGGUGUUUUCGCUGAUCAGUUUGAAAAUGAAGCCAACUGGAGAGUACAUUACGAAACAACGGGUCCCGAAAUAUGGGACCAGAUGGACCAUAACAUCGAUGGAUUUAUUGCUGGAUGUGGGACAGGUGGUACAAUAACUGGUGUAUCAAAAUACUUGAAGGAAGUGUCACACCCUUACGUUGUUCUUGCCGACCCACAGGGCUCUGGUUUCUAUAACAGGAUCAACUACGGUGUGAUGUACGAUGAGGUAGAGAAGGAGGGCACCAGGAGAAGACACCAAGUUGACACAAUCGUCGAGGGUAUUGGCUUGAACCGAAUCACUCGCAAUUUUAAACACGGAGAAAAAUACAUCGAUGAGUCUAUUAGGGUCACGGAUAAGCAAGCUGUAGGAAUGGCUAAAUACCUGUCCAUACACGAUGGCUUUUUUGCAGGAAGCAGCACUGCCAUAAAUGCAGUAGCGGCUGUCAAGUUGGCGAAAAGGCUGCCCGCAGGGUCGCGCAUCGUGAUCAUUGCAUGUGAUAGUGGGUCGAGACAUCUCAGCAAAUUUUGGAAAGAGGCCAAGAUUGUCGAUCGCGAAGUGACGCUGGACGAAAUCAUGAGUUCGUGA